AUGGCCGUCUCAGAGUCGAACCAGCUCGACGGUGCUACGAAUACCGCAUCAAUUGAGGUCUGCAAGGGAUUUUGGAUUCGUAACGCACUUCACAAGGAUGACAAACUCAAUGUAGAUGCCAAAGGACAUACGAUUUUCCACGAAGCAACCCACUUUCAUUACACUGAUCAUACGGGGACCGAUGUCCCAGGGACAAACCACGAGCUGAAGGAAGACUACGAAGAGAGCUUCAGCAGGGGUUUGGCGGCUAACAGACCCGCAGACGCCGUCCAAAAUGCUGACAACUACGCCUACUUCGCUCAGCACUUGGACAAAAUCAUCCCUUAA